AACAUGAUUAGCCCCGCCUCCUCCCCUGCUUGCGGUGAUGUGCGCCUGCGCAUUAGCUCGGAAAGAUGGCGGCGGCCGAAGUUUUGUCGGGUUUGUUUUUGUUGCUGUUGAAGGGAUUGUGAUUGUCCGUCUUCUAGUCCUCCGCCGCUACCACCACCCUCUCCCCACUUCUUCUUCCUCCUCCUCCUCUCACGCCGUUUCUGUUAUUUGUUUUAAAACUACCACCGCCGCCGACGACGUCGCAAACGGAAGGUUUGGGAAGGUGUUGACACACAAAACCAUAAUAUAAAGAGCGGCCGAGCGAGCAGGUCCCGCGCGACUCGCAACAUGGCCGAACCGCGACGAGUGUCCCUGACUACCCUGCCCGUGUCGGCUCCUCUCCUGAAGAAGAAGAAAGAAGACAAGGAGGAGGUCGCGGCGGAGGAGGAGGAGGAUGAAGAGGAGGAGGAGGGAGGGGGCGAGGAGGCGACGGCAGUGGUGGUGCUGAAGGGGGAAAUAGCGGCCGUCACCUCCCGCCACACGUUGGCUCUCUUUGAGUCGAGCGAAAAGAGUUGCCCCGAGUUCUUCUACCCCGAGUUGAUGCGAGUGCGAAAGAAAGAUGCAAGUAAACAUUUUGAUGCUCCUUUUACUGAUGACAAAAGAGAAGAAGAAAUUGAGGCUUUGGCAAAAAAGUUUGAAGAGAAAUACGGCCCAAAGAAGCGAAGGAAGGAUCGUAUCCAAGAUCUGAUCGACAUGGGUUAUGGAUAUGAUGAAACCGAUCCAUUUAUAGAUAACUCUGAAGCUUAUGAUGAACUUGUUCCAGCUUCCUUAACUACCAAGCUGGGUGGCUUUUACAUCAACAGUGGAACGUUGCAAUUCCGUCAAGCAUCUGAAUCAGAUGGGGAUGAAGAUUUUGUAAAAGACAAGAAAAAGACAAAGUCUCCAAAGAAACGAAAAUUAAAAGAAGGUAAUGAAAAGACGAAGAAAAGAAAAAAAGACGAUGGACGAGAGAGAGAGAAGAAGGCUCAAAAAUCAAAGAUCUCCAAACAGGCUGGGUUUAUGCCACUGAAUGUCCAUAAAGAAGAUAAAAAGAAAAAGAAAAAAUACAUGGGAACCUUGGGUGUGAAAGAGAUGUUAAAGAAAUUUGAGAAAGAAAAGGAAGCAUUGAAGAAACGAGAGGAUCAGAAGAUCUUGCCCACUUCUCAGACUAUGGUUGGCACCCCUCAUGAAACUGACAACAGCUCAAUAAAUAUUAAUGUUUCGGACCCUCUGCUUUCACUUAUUGGAUCCGCUAAUGAGAGUGAUCUUCUGAAAGUGGCCAGCACUGUAGACUUAGAAAUAGACCUAGAACGUCUUCUGAAUGAAUCUCCACCAGGCAGUCCUCUGAAUGAUUUUGAUGAUGGCAGUGAUCCUCUGCCUAUACUGCAGUACUCCACAGCGGGACAAACACCAAAGCAAGUCCCCACAUUACCGGAAGGGCUUCCAGCACUACUAGAAAAGCGUAUUAAAGAACUGACCGAGGCUGCCAAAGCCUCAGAAGGAGAGGGGAAGCAGAAAUUCUUCACACAAGAUGUCAAUAAUAUUCUGCUUAAUAUUGAACUUCAGUCCCGCGAAUUGAAUAGUCAGAUUCGCUCUGGGGUUUAUGCACAUCUGGCAUCCUUCUUACCAUGUAGCAAGGACACUCUACUCAAAAGGGCAAAGAAACUGCACAUGAAUGAGCAGACUGGGGAAAAAUGGCUGGUAAAGACAGGUGAAUGCUUAAUGCAGGAUGGCCGACUGAAGGAACCGAUACACAAAUUAAAAGAAGCAGUUGGGAAAGCAAUGCCAAAUCAAAUAGCAAAGUAUCAAGAAGACUGUCAAGCUCAUAGCCAAGCCAAAAUUGCCAAGUUGCUGGGAGAAGAUAAGGACCAGAAAGAGAGAAUGUUCUCUGAUGAUGAAGAUGAUGAAGACAAGUUGGGAAGAAGAGUUGUAGGACCCCGUAAAAAGUUUCACUGGAAUGAUGAGAUCAGGGAGCUGCUGUGCAGUGUGGUGAGGACUAAGAUGGCUUGCUGUGAGCAGGAGAGAAACAAGUCCCAAUCUGCAGAGGACUACCUAAAGGCUUUUCUUGAAUCUGAAGUCAAACCACUUUGGCCAAAAGGAUGGAUGCAAGCAAGAACACUAUUCAAAGAGAGCAGGAAGGUACAUGCUCAUGUCACCUCAAUACCAACGAAGAAGAAAGUCAUUGCUGCCCCAAAGACUAAAGUUAAGGAUCAAAUGCACAAGACUGAACGUAAAUUACAACAGACAAGUAUUCCAAUUCAUUGCAGUAAUGCUGCAUCCCUGAUACAGGGAUCAUGCACUCCACCUGUCACCCCAUUAAAUGUGCCUGUUUCCUCCACUGCUGGUCAGAGCUCCAGUAAUACGACAACGCCUCAGUCUUUCAGUUUAGACGAUUCCCUUGAUGAGGAUCUACCCAACAACCAGCCUUCUCUGGAGGAGGUGUCUGUUGCUUUAGCUGCUCUCAAUGAUGCUGCUGGAGGCAACAAGAACUUCAGUUCUUUAGUAUCAAAUUCAUUGAGUGACAAAAUAAUGGUGGCAGCAUCAUCAGAAGAAAAGAAGCAUGUACAAAAAGUUCCAACUCUGUCUUCUGCUCCAUCAGCUGCUGCUCAGUCGCAUUCACCUCUCAAUCUCCUGGCGGAACAGGCACUAGCUUUGGGACAAUUGUCUCAGGAAAGGACUUCAGAAAACACCACUAGUCUUAUCACUGCCUUUAAAAAUCAUUCUUCUGCAAACAGCAAAGGUUUCACAGAGACUCUCCAAAACAAGUCGAAGCACCUUGGUAUGCACCGUACAUCGCAGUCCCAAGGUCAAAACCAAGUGUCAACGCAGGCUACAAAACAGUACCAUCAGACCACCUCCCACCAGAAAGGCUUCAUAUCAUCGCCAUCGUUUAGCAUAAGUAAACUGCAGAGCAGUUCGCAGACUAAAGCUAGUAGUCAAUUGCAGCAACGGCCAUUAAUUCAGCAUCUAAAAACCUCAAAGACUCAGAACUUCCAUUCUGUUUCCUCCUCUUUAGCAAGUAUUAUACAGACUUCUCCUAGUCCUCAAAGAACACCUGUCACUUCAGUCAGUUGUACAGCAAAGCAUAUCAACUCUCAGAGCUCUGCAAAUCAGACCUUCAAGUCUCCAAUGACUGUUGUCACAACAAGUAAACAUUCUACUCCUUCCAGUAACCCAAUUCAAAACAUCUCAAAUGUUCAAACCUCUGUGUCCAGUAGUACUCAAUUGAAUAGACAGUCUCCUUCUCCAGGACAAACGUUAAAUCGGCAGUCGCCGAAUAUAAAUGUAAAGAAGCCUUCCAUUUCUCAGAAACUGACUCUGGUUGCCCCUCCGGGUGGCAGUAAUGGAGAUUCCAGUAGUGGGACACAGGGUGUUGCUAAACUGCUAACUUCUUCUCUUAAAUCUUCUGUUAAUAGUUCCACAGCUACAGGAGGAAUGCUGUCUCUACAGGCUACCACAGGAGGAGCCUUGCUUGCCAGCUCUCCGUCUUUGAGUCUUCUGUCACCUUCCUUUAAUACAGCAAACCAGAAAAUAACUUCAGCAACCCUGAGCCAAGCUUCACUUGGAAUGAUGCCAGGCAUUGUUCCUAUGCACUUUACUUUUCCUACGGUUUUAACUUUAGGCUCAGACUCGACACCAAAAUCUGCUGUAUCAACAGAUGCAAUAGUCACGGGACCUGCCCCGGGCACAUUCCACCAUGGCCUUGCACAUAGUAUUUUUGCUGGCUUACACACAACCCCUCACCAUGCUGUGCAGCUUCCACAUGCAGUUUUACCCACCCACAUACAGCAGUCUCUUCAAGAUGGCAACAAAAUCCACGGGGAAGCUUCCAGCAUGCAGCGCAAAAUGCAGUGAGCUCUGUCACAAAGCACAGUCAAAGCAAGCUAAUGCUGUGGUGGUGUUGCAGCAAGAUCAGAGGGAACAGCCGAGCUGCUGGGCUGAAUGACCAACCUUGCAGUUGCUGUUGUUUACGGAUUAAUUGCACCCUUUUACUCCUGGGGGCAAGGACACUGGUUAAAACCUGCUGCGUACCUUUGAGACUGACAAAUGUGAAGGGCUUGCUUCAGUGGCAAGAGUGCCAGGAUGGCUAGGUGGAUAGCUUGGAGGGCUUCAAGUUGGUCUUGUGUCUGCUUAGAUUCAGAGCAUACUGAAAAGUAUCUUCCACUGAAUGCCUAUGCAAGAACACUUUUAAUAUUGACAUGGUAGGUGGUGGUCAUUAGAGCAAACUUUUAUGCAGUGCAUUCCAGAAAUUUAAGGCAGCUAGAGUGUUUAGGUUUGUUUUCAUAUUCUGUUCUAUCCAUUAACAAAUAAUCCUGUGUUCAGAAAUGGGCUUAAUUAAAGCUUUUGCAAUUUCUUCCGACAACAACUUGGAAUGUGUACAGACGCAGCAGCAUUAUCUCAGACACAGGCAGGUGGUGGUGGGGAUGGGCUUGUCUCUCUGACGCAUGUUUUGUGGAGGUGGGGUGAAUUCAAACAGAUGCAGGAUAAGAGGAUAGAAAUUAUUUAGCUCUAUUUGACACAGCCAAACUCUUUUUGGAGUUUUCUGUUUUUAAAAGAUGUUCAAGUUCCAGUUAGUGUAGAGUUCUUCAGAGCACUAUGCAUUGGAUGAAUUAAAAAGAAAAAAAAAUUAAGUUAAAUUGCUAUUUAUUGCCUGUAAUGGCGAAUUAUUUUCAAGGAAGAUUUAUACAGUGUAGUGUUCUGCUUCGCUGGUGCACUGUGAACAGGACCACAAUUCCUGCGACACUGUUGUGACUUUACUGUGCUAAUAGGAAAGAUAUAUAUCUAGCACAAGAGAAUGUGGAAUAUAAAAACAAAUCAGAACUGUGAUGAGUUAAUAAGUGAUUCAAGGGAAAAGAUGAAUAUCAAAGAAUUUGCUUUGGGUAUCAAUAUUAACCAUCUCAGUUGCAACUUGGUAGCAACUAGUACUGAUCAACUUGGUGUGGUGUCCAGCAGUAAACAGAAAGAAAGCCAUUAAUCUCAGUCAUGUACUCUUACAGCUCCUUGAGUUAUUGUGAACCCAGGAACAAAGGUACACUCAUGACCUUUGGGUUUGGCCCCUGACAAGUAUCAUUUAGCUGUUUGUAAUGAUAACGAUAUGCAGUAUUGUAAAAGAUACUGACAGUAAGAGUAAUACAAUUGCAGUGCCUUUCCUUGUAGUAGAGAAGAUGGGAAGUACGUGCUGAGAUUUCAUGUAUUCUUGAUCCCUGUACGACACUAACCUUACUAUUUAUAUUUUUUAAAAAAAAAGGAAAAUAAACUACAGGAUUUGGGAAGUGAUUUUUUUUUAAAAAGGAGAAUUCACCUAUGGUUCAUAAUUUGGCACAAUCUCGUUGAUUAAUGAGAACCAUGGCGGCAGAGAAGCCAAAGAUUUUUUCAUGCAAGAUGAAGUAAGCUUGUGGAACAUGGUCACGGGCAGAUGGUUUGAAAGAUUUUUUUUGACGUUUUUCACAAGAUUUUUAAGCAAAAUGACAUUUCAUUUCUGGAGUGCUCCAGUCAUAUUUGAUACUAGAGUGACUCACAGGCAUAAUAAAUGUUCUACAGAAACUCAGGACUUGAAAAUUGCUGGAUCUGAUUUUGUGUUAAUGAAGUUUAGCUCUACUUGAAAUUGUAUAAUCAUUCUCAAACUCUGUAAAUUGUGAUGUGCUAGUAAGUUCAAUUUGUUUUAAUUAAAAUAGACAUUAUUUUGAAUGAUGGUGCUUCAUUGUAUAUUGUUUUAUUUGAGACUUGUGUAUGUAUUUGCUGCAGGACAAGGAGUUGGUUGUUUCUGUUGCACACAGAUGUCAAUAAACUAGAAAAUUUUGGACAAAA